GUUGUCCACUAGUCACCAGAUUUUCUGUUACUCGGCACGCUCACGACACGUUGUUGUGUGUUGUACUCUCAUCUUCUGAGACGCGACGAUGGUUGGCUCGAUGAUUUCUACACGGCAAAAUCAGCCAGUGGCGCGCACGCGCACCAAGCCGGAUGUAAGCUCGGAGCCUGCUGCGAAAAGGCGCAAACUAGGCCCAUCCAACUCCCAGAAAACGCAGGAUUCGUCUUUUGCAGACGUAUUGGAACAACUCAGCCAGGACGGAGCGCGUGCCGGUGUCGCUGCGGAGGGUGGCGCUGAUAGCUGGGCCCGUCCGAGCCUUCCCCCCAUAAAUGAGAAGCGGGAUAGUGUCGUAUUUCAACAGAUUGAUGUCGACGAGACAACGGACUACAGCAAUGGGUCUAUUGUACUGAGGUUGUUUGGGGUGACCGAGGACGGAAACAGCGUCCUUGCAUAUGUCACUGGUUUCCUUCCGUACUUCUAUGUCGCUGUCCCUCGCGGCUUUGAUGAAUCAGACAUUGACGCGUUUGCGGACCAGUUGAACAAACAGGCUCAAGGCAGCUUCGUGAGGCAAAUAGAGAUUGUCAAGCGACGCAGCCUUUGGGGAUACCGUGGAGAUGACUGGAUCCCUUUCAUGAAAAUUACAAUAUCUGAACCGAGAAAUCUCCCAAAAAUUCGAGGCUUGUUCGAGAGGGGCGAAUGCGGAUUUCGAGACUUUUUCCCCACCGGACAACCUUGCUCAACGUUCGAGAGUAACAUUGUAUACACCCUGCGUUUCAUGAUCGAUACCAAGGUUGUAGGCAUGAACUGGAUUGAGAUUCCCGCUGGGAAAUACAAACUUGUGCCCGAGAAAGACAAGAAGUCAACAUGUCAGAUCGAACUUAAAGUCAGGUGGGAUUCCUUCAUCUCGCAUCCACCGGAAGACAACUGGCAGAAAUUUGCGCCUCUCCGUGUACUGAGUUUCGAUAUCGAGUGUGCUGGACGCAAAGGCAUCUUUCCUGAGGCACAGGUUGAUCCGGUCAUCCAGAUAGCUAACAUGGUCACGAGGCAAGGCGAGACCAAGCCGUUCAUCCGCAAUAUCUUCACUUUGAAUACGUGUUCACACAUAGUCGGCUCACAAGUUAUGUCGUUUGACGACGAAGCAGAGAUGUUGCAGGCCUGGCGAGACUUUAUUGAAGAGGUUGACCCGGAUCUUGUCAUCGGGUACAACAUCGCAAACUUCGAUUUUCCCUAUCUCAUGGAACGAGCAAAGCAUCUCAAGGCAACUAAGUUUCCUUUUCUUGGUCGCGUGAAGGGUUCCAAAACUCAGACGAAGGAAACGCACUUCUCGUCAAAGGCGUACGGUCAGCGCGACUCUAAAGACACGGAAUUAGAAGGGCGGCUACAACUUGACGUCCUGCAGUUCAUGCAGCGUGAGCACAAGCUACGUAGCUAUACUCUCAACUCUGUUUGUGCACAAUUCCUCGGUGAGCAAAAGGAGGAUGUGCACCACUCCGUCAUCACGGAGUUGCAGAACGGUACUCCAGAGUCCAGACGUCGGCUGGCCGUUUACUGUUUGAAGGAUGCAUAUCUUCCUCAGAGACUGAUGGACAAACUGAUGUGCUUCGUCAACUACACCGAGAUGGCGCGUGUCACAGGCGUUCCGUUCAACUACCUUCUUUCCCGUGGUCAGUCCAUUAAGGUGCUCUCUCAGCUAUUUCGCAAGGCCAACGAGGAGGGCUAUGUCAUUCCUGUUCAUAAGGGUGAGGGCUCAGAUGAGCAAUACGAAGGUGCCACUGUCAUCGAGCCGAAGAAAGGCUACUACGACACACCGAUUGCAACUCUUGAUUUUAGCUCCUUGUACCCGUCUAUCAUGAUGGCGCAUAACUUGUGCUAUACGACGCUCCUCGAAAAGAGUACCAUUGACCGCUUGCAGCUUGUCAAGGACGUAGAUUAUAUUCAGACCCCCAAUAAUGAUUUCUUCGCUACCACAGCAAAACGAAAGGGUCUACUACCUACUGUUCUGGAAGAUUUGAUCUCUGCUCGUAAGCGAGCGAAGGCAGAUCUCAAGAAGGAGACGGAUCCAUCCAAGCGUGCUGUUCUGGACGGUCGUCAGCUUGCCUUGAAGAUCAGCGCCAACUCUGUUUAUGGAUUCACUGGUGCUACGAUUGGAAAGUUGCCCUGCCUUCCUAUUUCCUCCAGUGUGACGGCAUAUGGGCGUCAGAUGAUUGAGACGACUAAACAGGAGGUCGAAGCAGAAUUCUCCAUCAAUAAUGGUCACACUCAUAAUGCCGAAGUAAUUUAUGGUGACACUGACUCUGUCAUGGUCAAGUUUGGGCCGGCGGAACUGGAACAAGUCAUGACUCUCGGAGCGGAGGCGGCAGAUUUUGUGACGACAAAAUUCGUCAGACCUAUCAAGCUUGAGUUCGAGAAAGUUUACUACCCGUAUCUUCUCAUCAGCAAGAAGCGGUACGCCGGACUUUACUGGACAAAGCCAGACAAAUGGGACAAGAUGGACUCUAAGGGGAUCGAGACGGUCCGAAGAGAUAAUUGUCGGCUAGUAUCGACGGUCAUCGAGACUUGCCUGCAUAAGAUGUUGAUCGAUCGCGAUGUCAAGGGAGCUGAGGAGUACACGAAGCGCAUCAUAUCGGAUCUUCUGCAGAACAAGGUCGACAUGUCCCAGCUCGUGAUUACAAAAGCUCUGGCAAAAGCAGAUUAUGCUGCGAAGCAAGCGCAUGUGGAGUUGGCGGAGCGCAUGCGGCAACGUGACGCAGGUUCUGCACCGGCCUUGGGUGACCGUGUCGCCUACGUGAUUGUAAAGGGUAUCAAAGGUGCUGCUGCGUACGAAAAAUCUGAGGAUCCCCUUUAUGUAUUGGAGAACAACAUUCCCAUCGACACCAAAUACUACCUUGAAAACCAGCUUUCAAAUCCUCUCAUGAGAAUUUUUGAACCUAUCCUGGGCGAGAAGGCAGCGUCGUUGUUGUCUGGCGCGCACACCAGGACAAUCCAAAUUGCAACGCCAACGGUUGGUGGUCUGAUGAAGUUCGCAGUGAAGACGGUGACAUGUCUCGGAUGCAAAACACCAUUGCGAUCCAAUAACAGCGUGAAGAACGGUGCCGUAUGCAAUAACUGUCGACCAAAGAUGGGGGAGCUAUAUCAAAAGCAGGUCAUGAGUGCGUCAGAACUGCAAGUACGGUUCUCGCGAUUGUGGACGCAAUGUCAACGUUGUCAGGGGUCUUUGCAUCAAGAUGUGCUAUGUUCCAGCAAGGACUGCCCCAUCUUCUACAUGCGGAAGAAGGCGCAAAAGGACGUAGAAGAUGCGAACACUGUCCUCGAGCGGUUUGAUGGAGAUCUGUGGUAGUGAACGUUGUAUCGUUAUGUUUUCAUUUCGCUUGGUUGUUCAGCACACUCUUGUAUAAUUAAUACUUGAUUAAUACCAUAGCAAGCAAUAUUUCCC